CUGCACUCUGUGGUCAAGCAAUAGUGGUGUCGUGUCGUGACGUACUUCGUGCUUCGUACCCAUGCACCAAUUCGUGCACCAAGAAUCGUGAUCAUUAAAGUACAGUACUUUCUGUUGAAUACAUAUCUACAUAGAAGCAAGUAAAGUGAAAUAUGGCACUUAAUCUUACUGUAAAAGUUCAUCCUGUGGUUCUUUUUCAAGUAGUCGACGCUUAUGAACGUCGAAAAGCCGAAUCCCACCGUGUUAUUGGUACAUUAUUAGGCACAGCUGAAAAAGGUAUGGUCGAAGUAACAAAUUGUUUCUGUGUACCGCAUAAAGAGUCCGAGAGUCAAGUAGAAGCCGAUUUGACAUACGGAAUCGACUUAUAUGAUUUAAAUCACAGAGUGAAUGCACAAGAAAACAUCGUUGGUUGGUGGGCAACUGGGAACGAGGUUACCACUCACUCCUCUGUUAUACAUGAAUACUAUGUUCGUGAGUGUAAUAAUCCUGUUCAUUUGACUGUUGAUACAACACUGAUAAAUACUACUAGAAUGGCAAUUAAAGCCUAUGUGUGCGUACCAUUAGGAGUACCCAAUGGAAAACAAGGUUCCAUGUUCACACCAGUUAAAGUACAAAUUACAUGUUAUGAACCAGAAAUAGUUGGACUACAGCUUUGUUCAAAGACACAGUUACCUGCUCAUGCGCAAAUAGCUGGUGUAAAAACAGGAGGUGGUAUAGAACCAAUGAUGGAUCUUGCUCAAAUUGCAGAAGCCAGUGGCAAGCUGUCUUCCAUGUUAGAGCAAGUACUUCAAUAUGUUGAUGACGUUCUCAAUUCUAAACAACCACCAGAUAAUCAAGUAGGUCGUGCUCUGCUAGACAUGGUGCACUCUGUACCAAAAAUGUCGAGCGAUCAAUUCGAUGAAAUGUUUAACAGUAACGUAAAAGAUCUCUUGAUGGUUGUUGCACUUUCGCAAUUAAUAAAAACACAACUCCAACUCAAUGAGAAACUUACACUGCUCACAACCUUGUAAUACAAAAAAUUUGUAAUAUAAAUUUGAAAAUUUCGUAAAUCGGUUUUUGUGAAUAAAAAGCAUUUCAAAUUUUCAAA